CCGACCAUCUUGCGCGGCGCAGUGGGCCAGUGGCGCUCAUGCCGGCUGGAUCGGCCUGGGGGCCAUGGGCUACCCCAUGGCGGCCCACGCGGCCCGCCAGGUCGCCGCCGCGGGCGGCGGCUCGCAGCUCCGCGUCUGGAACCGCACGGCCAGCCGGGCCGCCGAGCACGCCGCGGAGCACGGCAGCGUGGCGGCGGGGCACACCGCCGGCGUCCGGGACCUGGCCGACUGCGCCGUGGUCAUCAGCUGCCUCCCGACCACGCGCGAGGUCCGCGACGUCGCCACGGCGCUGCAGCGCGCGCGCGCCGAGGCGGGCGCCUCGCCGCCGGGAUGCCUAUGGGUGGACUGCAGCUCGGGCGACCCGGCUGGCACCCGCGCGCUGAGGCUCGAGCUGGCGGGCUCGGGUAUCCUGAAGAGCUUCGACCCAGUCAACCUCAGGGGCAAGGAGGAGUGCGAGGGCUGGACCUGCCCUUGAGAUUGCCGACGCUCUUGGGCCUGUCACGGCGGGCCCCGGGGCGCGGCGCAGGGCACGCUGACGGCCAUGCUCGGCGGCGGCGAGGGCGUGGCGAGGGCCCUGCCGCUCGUGGCGGCCUUCGCCUCGCGGGUGGAGCGCUGCGGGCCCGUGGGCGCGGGCAUGGCCAUCAAGGCCGUGAACAACCUGCUGAACGCCACCCACGUGCUGAUCGCCACGGAGGCGCUCCUCGCCCUGAAGCGGGCCGGGGUGGACCCCGCCACCGCGCUCGCGGUGAUCAACAAGUCGUCGGGCAGGAGCCUGCAGACGGAGGUGCGCCUGCCAGAGGAGGUCCUGACCCGCCGCUUCGGCUACGGCUUCAAGCUGGGCCUCAUGCACAAGGACUGCAGCACGGCGGCCAGCAUGCUGUCGUGGGAGGAGACGCGGGAGCCCCCGCUGCUGCUGCAAUCCAGCAGGAUGGUCGGCGCCGCCCACGCGCUGCGGGGCACAGACGCGGACUACACCGAGCUGGCCUGCUGGGUCGAGCAGAACGCCGGGCUCGCCCUGUGAUGCGCCCCCGGAUCUGGGCAGCGCUUGCUGGCCUGAAGGGGGCGGCAGGCAGCAGGCUGACCACGAUCGGGGUGCUCAGCUCGCAGAACGGGGGAUCGGGACGCGCAGGAGGAG